UAGAGUCACGCUAGGGUUCUUGAGGAGGAGCUCUCUCUCCCUUGCGGUGGCGCUCCAGCGGGGGAAUCUCGAUGCCGUCGCUCGUCGCAAAUGGGAAAAUCCACCGGAUCGAGGUUGAGAAUUUCAAGUCUUACAAGGGACACCAGGUGAUCGGCCCGUUCAAGAAUUUCACUGCGAUUAUCGGUCCCAAUGGCGCUGGGAAGUCGAAUCUCAUGGACGCUAUCAGCUUCGUGCUGGGCGUCCGAUCAAUGCAGCUGCGAGGAGCGCAGCUCAAGGAUUUGAUCUACGCCUUUGAUGACAAGGACCGAGAGCAGAGGGGCCGGAAAGCUUUUGUGAAGCUUAUUUACUUGCAAGGAAAUGGAGAAGAGCUCGAGUUCACAAGGGCGAUCACUGCUGCUGGGAGUAGCGAGUACCGCAUUGACAACAGUGUGGUGACUUGGGAAGAGUAUAACAACAAGAUGAAGACGCUGGGGAUCCUUGUCAAAGCUCGAAAUUUCUUGGUCUUUCAGGGUGAUGUGGAAUCCAUCGCUUCUAAAAAUCCCAAGGAACUUACGUCUCUCUUCGAGCAAAUCUCUGGCUCGGAGGAGCUCAAGAAAGACUACGAAGAAUUGGAAGAGCAGAAGACUCGGGCCGAGGAGAAAUCGGUGUUCACUUACCAGAAGAAACGGACAGUAGGAGCGGAAAGAAAGCAAAAGAAGGAACAAAAAGAAGAAGCUGAGAAGCAUCUUCGCUUGCAGUCCGAAUUGAAAACGUUGAAGACGGAAUACUACCUCUGGCAGAUGUUUAAUAUAGAGAAAGAUGUCGAACGGACCCAGGAGGAACUUGAUGCUGAGAAGGAGAAGCUAGAGGAAGUACUGAAGGAUCAAGAAGACGCAGAAAGCGGAGUGAGGGAGAAAAAGAAGGCCCAGGCCACGCUCACCAAGGAAGCGUUGCUCUUGGAGAAGAAAAUGACGAAGAAAAAGACGGAACUAGACAAAAAGCAUCCAGAGCGCCUGAAACUGAAGGAAGAAAUGAAUAGGAUCGCUCAGAAAAUCAAGUCGACAGAGAAGGACUUGGAGCGGAAGAAGGACGAGCAGAAGAAGCAGGGUAGAGAGAUUGCCAAGCUGAAUAAAGACCUUGAGGAUGUUACUGCAACCUUGAACGACUUGAACGAGCAGGGUGCUGAAGGCUCUGGAAAACUGCAACUUGCUGAGAACCAGAUCGAGGAGUAUCACCGAAUAAAGGAGGAAGCUGGUACAAAAACAGUGAAGCUGAAGCUUGACAAGGAGGUUCAUGAUAGGGAACAACAAGCAGAUUUAGAGGCUCAAAAGAACUGGGAAGAAAAUCUUCAGCAACUUUCAAGUCGUGACCAGCAACUUGCCUCUGAAGGACAAGUCUUGGACGGUCGCAUGAAACGGCUAAUAGAUUCCAUUGAGAAGAACAAACAGGAGCAUGCGCAGGUUGUGAAGGAACUUAGCCAGAUGCAGGAAAAAAAUCGAAAAGCCAGGACAAAGUAUGACAACCUCAAGGUUAAAAUUGACGAAGUUGAGGCGCAGCUACGGGAGUUGAAAGCCGAUAAGCGCGAAAGCGAGCGUGAUGCCAAACUUUCCGAGGCUGUCAGCAGUUUAAAGCGCCUCUUUGCUGGUGUGCGCGGUCGAAUGACCGACCUUUGCAGGCCUACGCAGAAGAAGUACAAUCUUGCUGUGACCGUGGCGAUGGGAAAAUUUAUGGACGCAGUUGUUGUGGAAGAUGAGAGCACGGGAAAGGAAUGCAUCAAGUAUUUGAAGGAGCAACGGUUGCCACCGCAGACUUUCAUUCCCCUGCAAUCUAUUCGGGUAAAGCCAGUUCAUGAAAAGCUUCGCGCUCUUGGGGGGACAGCGAAAUUGAUCUACGAUGUCAUCCAAUUUGACUCGUCACUUGAGAAGGCUGUUCUGUAUGCGGUCGCGAACACCCUUGUCUGUGACAAACUAGAUGAAGCUAAGGCUCUUUCUUGGGGUCAAGAACGCUACAAAGUGGUAACGCUGGAUGGUAUUUUGCUUUCAAAGGCGGGAACAAUGACCGGCGGCAUUACGGGUGGCAUGGAGGCAAGGUCUCAGAAAUGGGAUGACCGCGCGAUUGAGGGACUGAAGGAGAAGAAAGAACGCUAUGAGGCCGAGAUGGCUCAGCAUGGUUCAGUAAGGGAAAUGCAAAGCAAGGAAGCUGAAGCAACCGCUAAGAUCACUGGUUUUGAAAAAAAAAUUCAGUUUGCGGAUAUAGAGAAGAAAAACUUGGAAGACAAAAUCAAAAAGAUUGCCCAGGAACGUGAAACGAUCAGUAAAGAGGUUGAUCGGAUAAAGCCAGAACUUGAGAAGUUGCGAAAUGGGAUCUCAAAGAGGGCAAAGACAAUCGACAAUUUGGAGAAACGAGUAAAUGACAUAACCGAUAAAAUAUACAAAAGUUUUAGCGAAUCCGUCGGUGUUGCAAACAUCCGAGAGUACGAGGAAAAUCAGCUGCGGCAUGCUCAAGAGCUAGCGGAAAGAAGGCUAAGCUUGAGUAAUCAAAUAUCAAAGCUGAAAAAUCAGCUCGAGUAUGAACGAAGACGUGACACUGAAAGACCUGUGAAGAAGUCAACUAACAUGCUGUCCUCUUUACGUGACGAGCUUGUGAGAGUGCAAAAAGCAGAAUCGGAUUUGAAAGCAGCAAUGGAUCGCGAGGCUGAGCAGCUCGAAGCAAUGAAAGCUGAUCUCCAAGAAUUGAAGGCCAAGGUGGACGACAUUGAAAGCGAGAUACAAGAAAUGAAGAAGGGUAGCAGCGGUGCCACCGGAAACCUUGGCAAAAUAAAGCGUCAGAUCGCGGCUAAGGAAAAUCAUAUUGAACAGCUAAUGUCACGGAAGCAAGAAGUUUUGGAUAACUGUGAACUGGAUCAAAUUAGGCUUCCGGUAACGGAUGGCAUGGAUAUUGACGGUGCGGGAUCUUCCCAACAGGCUGCUGCAUCUUACGAUUAUUCGCAGCUAUCCAGAUCGCACCAGAAGGAUCUGAGACCUGCUGAAAAGGAGAAGCUAGAGACGGAAUUCAAGAGCAAGCUGGAGUCCAUCACAGCAGAGAUGGAAAGAACAGCACCAAAUUUGAAAGCUCUCGAUCAGUACGAGAGCUUGAAGGAAAAGGAGAAAGAGGCCGCUGAAGUGUAUGAACAAGCCAGGAAGGAGGCCAAGACCGUAGUCGACAAGUAUAACGCUGUAAAGCAGAAGAGGUAUGAAAGGUUCAUGGAUGCUUUCAACCAUAUCUCGACGAACAUUAACACGAUUUACAAGCAACUGACUCAAAGUAGCACACACCCGCUUGGCGGAACGGCGUACCUGAGCCUUGAGAACGAAGAUGAACCGUUUCUACACGGGAUAAAGUACACAGCAAUGCCCCCAACAAAGAGGUUUCGGGACAUGGAACAACUAUCAGGGGGUGAGAAGACCGUGGCCGCUCUUGCUUUGCUGUUUGCAAUCCACAGCUUCAGGCCAUCACCGUUUUUUGUGCUGGAUGAAGUGGAUGCUGCGCUCGAUAAUCUGAACGUGGCGAAAGUGGCUGCUUACAUCCGAGCAAAGUCCCGCGACGAUGCUGGCGGGGGCGACGCGUCGGGGAAGGGGAUUGGGUUCCAGAGCGUUGUCAUUUCGCUCAAGGACACUUUCUAUGACAAAGCCGACGCGCUGGUGGGAGUGUACAGGGACUCCGACAUGAGCUCCAAGACACUGACUUUCGACCUCACUCGAUACAGCGAGUAGAAAUCUGGCUGUACAGUUGUUUUGUAAGUUUUCCAUUAAGCAGCAACGAUCUAACGGCUUUCUCAUUGGCCCAGUUAAAGAAAGGAACGCAAAGAUUUCCCCACUAGAGAGGAAAUCCCCUCCCAUAUGA